AUGAUUAGGAAACAAGCUAGAGAAAGAAGAGAAUAUCUAUAUAGAAAGUCAUUAGAACUUCAAGAGUCUACCCUUUCUGAAAAAAGACAACAAUUAAAAGCAGCUCUUGCAUCAGGUAAACCAUUAUCCAAAGAAAUAGCAGAAGAUGAAGCUUUACAACGAGAUUUCAUCUAUGAUGAAAGUGAACAAACUGAAAUUGAUGAUGAAUACUCUGCUUUAAGUGGGAUAGCUGAUCCUAAAUUAGUCAUUACAACUUCCAGAGAUCCAAGUGUUAAAUUAUUACAAUUCUCCAAGGAAAUCAAAUUAAUGUUUCCAAAUAGUUUAAAAUUAAAUCGUGGUAAUUACGUUAUACCAGAUUUAAUUCAAACUUGUAAUAGAGUCAAUAUCACUGAUUUAGUUAUCUUACAUGAACAUAGAGGGGUUCCAACUUCCAUCACCAUAAGUCAUUUCCCUCAUGGUCCCACUGCCAUCUUCACUUUACAUAAUGUUAAAUUAAGACAUGAUUUGCCAAAUUUAGGAAAUAUUUCUGAAUCUUAUCCUCAUUUAAUCUUUGAAAAUUUUAAUUCAAAAUUAGGUAAGAGAGUUGAACAAAUCUUAAAACAUCUUUUCCCACCCGGUGUAAAGAAAGAUCAAGGUAAUAGAGCUAUCACCUUUAUAAAUAAUGAUGAUUUCAUAAGUGUUAGACAUCAUGUAUUUGUCAAGACUAAAGAUGGAGUUGAAUUAAGUGAAAUCGGUCCAAGAUUCGAAAUGAGAUUGUUUGAAUUAAGAUUAGGUUUACCUGAUAAUAAAGAUGCUGAUGUAGAAUGGCAAUUAAGAAGAUUUAUAAGAACUGCAAAUAGAAAAAAUUACUUAUAA